GACAAAAUCAGGGGAGCCCAAACUUUUCUCCUUUCCACAUAAUGCUUUUAUGACAAUAGCAUGUAAAUAAUGUAUCUUUGGAGAAUUGAGUCAAAACAAAUAUGAAUGAGGCCAAACACUUCAGAUCAGGGGAGGAACAUCCCAGAGAUGUUGCUCACUGAAGACAUUUUAUGAUUAGAAGAACAGAAAUCUAAAGCUUGGUCAACGCAUUUGGCUGAUGAAGACUUAGGUUAGCUUCAGUCCACUGUUUCAAAAUGCAGAAUCUGACUGAAUUUCCAGGCAAUGCAACUUCUCACAAAAGCCUGUCUGUGAUCAUCAAGGUGUGUGUGGUUAUCCCCUUCUUCUGCGUCUUCCUCUGCUGCAUUGUCGUCAUGCUAAACAUCUUUGCAUCUCACAGGCAGUUCCUGGACACAUCACGUUACAUCCUGUUUGCCUACAUGCUGAUCAAUGACACCCUCCAGCUCUUGUCCUCUGUACUGCUCUUCCUCUUUGUCAUGGGCCAGGUGAAAUUUGCCCUUGUCUACUGUGUUCCCCUGCUGUUUAUAUCCACUGCCACUUUCCAGAACACACCGUUAAUCCUGGCCACCAUGUCACUGGAGCGUUAUGUUGCAAUCUUCUAUCCCCUGCAGCGCCCAGCAGCCUGGCGCUCUGACCGAAUCUGGAUCAUUAUUCUGUCCCUGUGGCUCAUCAGCUGUAUAUUCCCUAUGAUUGACCACACCAUCGGGGAACAUGAUCCUGCUGUAGAUGUCCUAUCUACCCCUGUUCUUUGCAAACCUACUGUUGUGAACUCAUCUCCAAUUCAGACAUUGUUCAAAGCUGUUGUGAGUGUUCUCUUCUUUGCAGUAGUGGCUGUUAUCAUCCUCUUUACAUACAUGAGAAUCCUGCUGGAAACCAGGAAACUGAGACAAGAUAGAGUGUCUGUGAGCAAAGCCAUGCACACUGUGCUGCUACACGGCUUUCAGCUGCUGCUCUGCAUGUUGGCCUUCACCAGCCCCAUCACUGAAACUCUCAUAGUGCUGCACGCCAACUGGCUACAAGAGGACGUCGCCUUUUUUAAUUACUUCUGUUUCAUCCUAAUUCCACGCGUUCUCAGCCCGCUCAUCUACGGCUUCAGAGAUCAGAGUCUCGGGGGCUACAUUGGAAAGACAUUCCUCUGCUGCUCAAACAAAGUCAAACCCUGCAUCAGAGGCAAGCUGCAGGACGUAUUGUCUGCUUGUUGAACUGGCUGAUGUAGAGCUGUUACAAAAGAGAAACACUGAGCAUUGUUUCUUCACAAAAAGGUCUUAGGAGGUAUUAAAAAUCAAUUCCCCACCCCAGCUGUAGGCCAUAAUGUUAGCUAUAAAAUGUUUUGUAUCCAAUUGUGGGCUGUUGGGAGACGUUACACACUUAUAAACUAAAAGUGGGAUUAUUUGUACAGUGUAUUGUGUAAACAGAUGGUAAAUUAUGAAUGGACUUGUAUUUCUACAGUGCUUUCCUGGUCUACCAACCACUCAAAACACUUUACUACACCUGUUGCAUUCACCCAUUCACACACACAUUCAUACACUAAAGGUCAUGCAAGGUGGCUGCUGAUACAGCACAUACACACAGGAGCAAUUUGGUGUUUAUUAUCUUGCCCAAGAGCGUGUUGACUGGACUGAGGGAGGCGGAAAUCGAACCUGCAAACUUCGGAUUACUAGACGACCUGUUCCACCUGAUCCAGUUUCCUUCCAUUUUAUGCCAAUUAUCAGGGUAAUAAUAUUAUUUGAAAUUCUUGUUUGGAGAAAAUGUAAUAUAAUAAUAAAUAUGUUUCCAUCAUAUUUUAACAUUUUGGUCGUAUGAUCAUGAAACAGGUAUUCAGUUGCAUUCUUUGUAUCAACAAAGGUCUUAAAAAGUCUUAAAUUGAACUUAGAAACCCUGUGAAAAUAUUUACUGUGUUCAUACAUAAAUGGACUGAAGAAUAAUGUCCAUUCAUUCUAAUCUGAAGAUUUACAGACUAUUAAAAUAAAGAAGAUAACAGCUAAAUCUAAUCUUUGAGCAAGAAUAAAUCACAAAUCGAUUAAACCUCGGGUACCCUCUGGUUUUGUGGAUACAUUGGCACCGUUUUAGCUUUUACAGAUUUACUGCUGUUAAACAUAAACCAGACAGUGACCGUAUUUCUGUGCCAGCAGCACCAAUAAAGAUUAAUGCUCAACUGAGUGAGUAAAUUCAGGGCAUCCUACAUAAAGUCUGGCAUUCUCCCAACGAGCAUGAAGUGCUGAUCGUGCAGGAUUUAUGAAAGUUAUUGCUUACACAGCCGUCUAUAUUACAGACAUUUAAAAGCAUCAAAUCACACAAUAAAUAACAUGGGCAUUGUCUUUCAAGCUCUUCUUGCAGAUUAUUAUGCUCCUCCUGGGUGCAAAUCUAUUGCUUGAAUGCAUAAUACUUGUAGUGUUUGAUGCUGGUCAAAAUUGUGUGUGUAACUCUGAAAGCCACUGAAUUAUAAUUAUACAUGUGAAUAUGUGUCAUUAAAGUAUGUAUUAAAGGAA